GCAGGGGGAGUGUUACGCCAUAUUGGAAACACUGUAUAGUUUAGCUAACAGUUUAUCGCUAGAGGGGGAAAGGGCCACUAACGUUAAUUGAUUCCCGUUGGUUGUGGCGUUUGGUACGUCGUUUAUUUUCCCUGUCGUUUCGUGCAACCCUUUUUGGUGUCGGUCGGGAAUUACACUUAUCCGCUGAACGGUUACGAAAGGCGUUCAUUUGCUUGACAGGGCUGUUAGAAAGAGGAGUUGAAUGGAUCCGAGGGUCGCUUGGAUUCAGCCGGAACAGAAGGGUCCUGCGAACGCCUUAUGGAUGCGUGUGUGGGAAACGUCUCAGGUAAACCGGAUUAACACGGGUCAGCACCAUCAUCACCAACAACACAACUUCUAUUUUAAUUCUCCGGCGUUUGACGCUUACAAGAAUGUAGCGUCCGGCGUUUGCAGCCCUGCCUCUGCUUCAUCCAGCAACAGCAGCCAUCAUCAGAGCAAUGCAAAUAACACUAGUAACAUUAAACACAACGGCACUGCAACCAUUGGCUUUGCAACGAUACCGGGCAGCCACCAGAACUCUGCGGUUCACGCGUUAAAUGGAAACGCGGGGAAGGUAGGUACGGGAAACGGCGAAAUGUCCCAUAAAACUGCUUCGGAUUCAUCGUCAGCGGAUUUAGUAUCCAGCUGCUCUAAAAUAAGGACUACAAGCCCUAAUACGAUCGCUGGAAAUAUGAACAAGGGUGGCACGCAUCCGCUUUAUAAUUGCAGCGAGAGCGUGCUGAAUAAUGUCAACCAUCAUCAUCCUCAUUCACGGCAUUUUCACCAGGAGCAGCAGCAGCAGCAUCAAGGUUUCCAGCAGAACUGCGUAAAGCGACAUCCGACAGCGGGACACCACCAUCAUCAUCAUCAUCAUCACCCGGGCCGGAGGAAAAGCGACAAUAAGGCCAGCACCUACGGGAUAAACUAUUUGCUUUCCAACUGGACUAAUGGCAAUUAUGUCAGCUCCGGCACGCCGUGGAAGACGAGGAAAUAUAACCCGGGAGUUGACGGGCUGCACGAGGAGAUCAUGGACUUCUAUAAAUUCAUGUCUCCUCGUCCCGAGGAGGCAACCAUGAGACAGGAGGUGGUGGACAGGAUAGAGUCCGUCAUCAAGGAGUUGUGGCCAACUGCUGAUGUCCAGAUUUUUGGCAGCUUUAGCACUGGACUCUAUCUCCCAACCAGUGACAUUGACCUGGUGGUGUUUGGGAAAUGGGAGAGACCUCCGUUGCAGCAAUUGGAGCAGGCCCUCAGAAAACACAACGUGGCAGAACCCUACUCCAUCAAAGUUCUCGACAAAGCUACUGUGCCGAUCAUUAAACUGACCGAUCAGGAGACUGAAGUGAAGGUGGACAUCAGUUUCAAUGUGGAGACGGGCAUCAAAGCUGCUAGCUUCAUCAAAGAAUAUGUGAAGAAGUAUACCGUGCUGCCUUAUUUAAUCUUCGUGCUGAAACAGUUUCUUCUUCAGCGAGACCUCAAUGAAGUCUUCACAGGAGGAAUCAGCUCCUACAGUCUCAUCCUAAUGGUCAUCAGCUUCUUGCAGUUACACCCAAGAAUUGAUGCUAGAAAUCCCAAGAUGAACCUUGGCAUUCUGCUUAUCGAAUUCUUCGAGCUGUAUGGUAGACACUUUAACUACUUGAAGACGGGUAUCAGGAUAAAGGACGGAGGUGCUUACAUGGCUAAAGAAGACAUCAUGAAGGCUAUGAGCAAUGGUUACAGGCCCUCCAUGCUCUGUAUCGAGGAUCCUCUCUUGCCAGGUAAUGAUGUUGGCAGGAGCUCUUAUGGGGCCAUGCAGGUGAAAGACGCAUUCGAGUACGCUUAUAUAAUACUGGGUCACGCAGUCUCGCCUCUUGCGCGUUCCUACCCCAACAAAGACAUCGACAGCACUUUGGGACGCAUAAUCAAAGUCACACAGGAAGUCAUCAACUACAGGGAGUGGAUUAUAAAGAAAUGGGGUGGCAGACACAACUCCCGUUUGGAGAGAAGCCCGGGUCCAUCCCAAAAGGACUCGGUGGAGUCUGGGACAAUGCUGGGUGUAGGUGUGGAGGAUCAGCAGCAGAGGGACUCGGUGUCUCCUCACAGCGCAGACUCGCCCAUGUCCCUCUCCAGUCCUCAGCAGCACUCCUCCGCUUCUUCUGCAUCUUCACUCUCAGGCAGCGACAUUGACUCCGACUCCACACCUUAUGUCGCUCCGCCUGUAGCUCCCUUCCCUUUCCAGAUUCUGCCUCCAGGUCCCUUGCCACCAGCACAUCAGAUGGGCACAGGCAAAGCCAACAUCACGACAGCGCUCACCAUGCCCCCAGCUACCCAGGCGAGAAUGUCUAUACCAGGCAAUCUGUCAAUCCACGCUUUACCUGGCAGACAGGUGUGUAUGGCAGAUGGACCACCCCCAUACUUCCACAUGCCCCCCCCUGCAGUUCCCCCAGCUUCCCCCAGUCCUCUAUCUAGUUCCCAUCACCAUCCAAAGACAGGUCCCAAGUACCCUCUGAAGGGCUUCCACAACCCCGCUGUCGCGCACAGUCCCGUCAUUUCCACCCGAGGCCACGGUCAGUACAACCGCAACACGUGGCGGCGCAGGAAGCGGGACAGUCUACCGGCCAGCGUCAGCAGAUAAAGACAUGGUCGCCCCCUUUCGGACCUACUCCUUUACUCGCUUGCUCUUCCACACCUCCGAUCCCAUCUUUAAACGAUGGGAACUCAUCGAGGCUAUCUACUGAUGGUGUGAGGACAGAGAGACCAGCGUUUGAAACCCAGCUCCUCGUUUAGUAGUUGCGGUCAUGGUGGUGCUAAGUACUUCUUCAGUCAGUCUGUCGCUGAAUGCGUGCAUGCAUACGUUUGCAACUUUUUUUUUGACCCGUGCAAUCUUCCAGAGGAAGCUUUCGAGGACAGGAACUUUAUCGCACUCCACGCCGACCUGUUCGCAGUUGAAUCCUGUAAACCCCUUUUUGUGUGUCAUGCUCCUCGUUUAUUCGUGUCUUCACGUAUUUUAUUGGGGACACCCUCCACGUGUGGAAAGAGCUGGAUUUAAUAAGUGUUAUUCGUUGUAUGGGGAUAAAAGAUAAAGUGUUUUCUAAGGUGAUUGCCACUUUUUGUGUCCGUGUAACGCUGGCUACAAAUCCUGCACUGCGUAAAUGCUUCCAGAGUCCCCAUCAUAUCAACUAUCACUCGACUUUUACAUUUUUGUGCAAUAACUUGUUAAUUUUCUGUUUUCGUUCACUCUGGAAACAUGGUGUUCUUUGUUGAGCAUUUAUGUCUGUUGGUUUUUGUAAAGAAAAGUGUUUUUAUUUUUGUAAUGUUUUUAAUUUUGUUUAUCGUUUACAGAUCCUGUCAGACAGGCUCCUUAAAAGAAAAGUCUGUUUUAAAAGUCUUCGACAAUUUAUAUUCCCUCCUCCCCUAUUUUCUUUGCAUAGGUUGCAUCUGGAUAAUACUCAGUUGAGGUGGCCGGUGUAGAUCGAGCAGAAGGACUUUCAACUCUUUGCCUAUAGGUGACGCCAUUUUCUUUGGUUUGUCGCGUGUCAUCCAGGCUACUCGCAGUUUGUGGGUUCAAAACAGUUCCAGAUAGGAAAGAGUAGAUUUGGUGGGAAAAGUGAGGUGCUGAAAUCGCUUUGAUUUAUAUGUAUAUAUGUCUGUGUGUGUGCGUGUGUCGUACGUCCUUUUAAAAUUGCUAUAGGUAAGAGAGAUUAUUUUAGGGAAGCUCUUAAGAACGUGUGAGCAGACUCCAGAUCAGUGCAGCUUUAUGCAAGGUGCCCUAAUCUGACUUUUUCAAGUGGGCACCCCAAAACAGACUAGCGGAGAAAGGGAAUUUAUUUUGAUUCCUUUCUGGAAUCUUCUUGCAUUUAUUGACAGGUACUUACUCCUAAUAUAUGCCUUUUUGGUAACGACCUAUUCCUGUACUGUAUUGUAUUGUAUUUUUUCUGUUUGUAUAUGGCACACUAAAACUGUAUCGCUGUUGCUCAGAACGUCAUAGGCACAGGCAUACAGGUUAUUGUUACUAUGCAAGUGGAGUUUUGAAAAUCUCUUCCUCGUGACAGCCAUUGCUUUUAAAUCUGGUCAAGACACACAAAACUUGAGUAACCAUUAAUGGACCCAGGCCUGAUAUAUCAAAGCUGCCUCAUCUGGGUACAUGAGAACAGCUCCUGUAUGCAACUUUUUUUUUUCGGUGGAAAAACAUCCAAGCGUCUUGUUUGGAACGUCCGGCUUCUGCUGCUUGGACUUGGACCGGAUCAGAGUCGAGAUCAAACGGACUACUGCUGUUAUGACACUACAACCAUGUUAAUGGCAACUGUCGCUAUGUAGGGAAUGACUUUGAUUUGCCACAAACUUUUAUGUGAGGUAUUUUAGUCGGAGACUCUCAAGAACUAACUUGGGCUACAGGAUUGUCCUUGUAACUCUCGCCUGCCUUUCAAUGCAAUGGGGCAAAUGUAUUUCUAAAUGCAGUCUUUGCUUUUAGGCAGAACCAGCAUCUUUUGCAAAGUGGGUCAGACAUUGAGGCGGCGACUCCCAUCCCUUUUGAUCUAGCUUGUAAGGAUGUGGUGUGUAUCUAUUGAUGGUUUGCCCACAUGAAUGCCGCCUCCUUAUUACUGUAUGAAUCUGUGAAGAACAAUUGGAAGUGUAUCACUCUGUAAUGGUCAUGUACCGAUGCAGUGUGAAUAUCAAUGACGGAUUUUAAAUGUAAACUUUUUUUUUUUUUUUGCUGAUGUCUACUGUCACAGUGGCCAAAACACUCAUUGUUAAUCCUUAUACAGAGAGCCUUGUGGCCACCCAGCAUCCAAGAGGUCAGGAGGAAUAGUUUUUUUCCUUCAAUAUUUUUAUGUAAUUUUUUUUCUAUUUUAUUUUUUAAAUAAACAUCUUAAAAACGUG